AUGAAACACGCACGCGAAUUCUGCACUUAAGAGUGUGGAGGAAAUUGUAAAAAGUAAUGUUUUAGAGGGUACCAGCAGGAUUUUGCGUUUCUCUGGUAAUACGAACAUCAACAGGCAAUAUUUGCCACUUUCUAACCGCGCCUUUAUCGGAUUUUGAAGCAGCGAAUGCUGCGUGCGUUGCUGCCGCUUAUAUAACUACCCAAUGAGUUUGUAUAGUAGGUCCUUGCGACGUCUGCUCGACAGUUGGCCCGGCAAGCAACGCUUCGGUGUAUACAGAUUCCUGCCGCUGUUCUUCGUCCUGGGUGCGGCACUGGAGUUCUCCAUGAUCAAUUGGACCGUGGGGGAGACGAAUUUCUACCGCACUUUCAAGCGCCGCCAAGCUAAGAAUUACGUAGAGGAGCAUUCGUCCCAGACGAAUUCGGCCUAAUAAUGCCCGCGGGCGUAUCCUGGGGACAGUACUUGAAAUUUCUAGGCAGUGCCAUGGUGGCCAUGAUGGCCG